AUGGUCGGCGGCUACCGUAUCGGCAUGCAUUUUCUGGCGUCCGCGUUGCGAUUCCUCGAGCCCAGAGUCGAUGACGAUUUUGUGGAUCGCCUUCAUUAUCUCUACACCUCGACGAUGGUCCUAAUGUUCGCCGUGCUAGUGUCCGCAAAACAAUAUGUCGGCCAUCCCAUCGAAUGUUUUGUGCCGGCGCAAUUCACGCGAGCCAUGGAGCAGUACACGGAGAAUUAUUGUUGGGUGCAGAACACCUAUUGGGUGCCGUUUCAGGACCUCAUCCCACAUCGACUCGAUGAUCGCGAGCGGCGACAAAUCGGCUACUAUCAAUGGGUGCCGUUCGUGUUGGCGGUCGCCGCGCUCACAUUCCACAUUCCCUCAUCGAUAUGGCGAAUGUUGGCCGGACAGAGUGGCUUGAACGCCGGCCUCGUCCUUCAGUUGGCGUGCGGCGAGCAGAACGUCGAUCCGCUGAUUCGCGACAAGACCGUCGACACGGUGGCGCGACACAUCGACGACGCGUUGAUGUUCCAACGCGAUCACGGAGCCCGUCGAAGCAACAUCUAUAUAUUUGCGGUUAUCAAAAUCGGCAAAUUCUACGGAGCCUACGUCUCAUCGGUGUACCUCUUCAUCAAGGCGCUUCAUUUGUGCAACGUCAUCCUCCAAUUCAUGCUGCUCAACUCGUUCCUACAAACCUCCGACUAUCCGAUGUUCGGCGCGCAUGUCCUCUAUGAUUUGUUCAUGGGUCGUGAAUGGCGCGAUUCCGGCAAAUUCCCGCGCGUCACCCUAUGCGACUUCGAGAUUCGCGUUCUUGGCAAUGUGCACCGGCACACGGUCCAAUGCGUUCUCGUCAUCAACAUGCUCACCGAGAAGAUUUUCAUUUUUCUAUGGGUCUGGCUUACGGCUCUCGCCCUCAUCACCGCCUUCAAUUUGCUUUUCUGGUUCAUCGCGUUGGUGUCGUGCACGUGUCGCGAGAAUUUCGUCGCGAAACACUUGGACAUGCAAUCGGAUCAGAUUGGAAGGUUCACUCAUCGAUUCCUACGCGCCGAUGGCGUGUUUCUACUUCAGAUGAUCGCCUAUCACGCUGGGAAUCUGAUGUGCGCCAAGGUCACCGAGCAACUCUGGCUCAUUUUCCUUCGACGAAGCGGCAAGCCGGUGUGCGACGACAAACUCGAAGGCGGCUCGGAGCGCGACGCCGACUCGCAGCGCGGCGACUCAUGGCACGAGGCCUCGCUGCCGCCGUCGAUGCCGCCGCUCACCGGCCGUAGCCAAUUCGUCUGA